AUGCAGGUGCCACAGGAUGAAGAGGACCUUGCCAGCCAGCCCUGGUACCACGGCCUCCUGUCUCGCCAGAAGGCCGAGGCCCUUCUUCAGCAAGAUGGUGACUUCCUGGUACGUGCCUCCCGGUCCCGAGGGGGCCACCCCGUGCUCACCUGCCGCUGGCGAGGCUUGGCCCUGCACUUCGAGGUUCUCCGUGUGGCGCUGCGGCCCCGACCAGGUCGGCCCCCGGCUCUCUUUCAGCUGGAGGAGGAGCGCUUCCCCAGCCUGCCUGCCUUGGUCCACAGCUAUGUGACUGGCCGGCGCCCACUGUCUCAGGCCUCAGGGGCCAUAGCCUCCCGGCCUGUGACCCGGCAGGGGCCCCUGCGGCGCAGCUUUAGCGAGGACACCCUUAUAGACAGCCCAACUCGAAGAGAGCCUUUCAGGACUAGGAAGUGGAGCGACAGUCAGCCAGCAGGUCUGGAGCAUGCAGGGUGGUCAAGAGAAGACCAUUCUGGACCAGGAGCCUCGACCAUACCCCCAUCUGCCCUGCCUCGGACAGGCAGUGACCCCUUGCUGCUGAAGACCCAGGCUCCCCUGGGGGCUGUUGCUCACUGCCUCCGGGCCUCUGAAGGCCAGCUUCAUGCCAAGGCGCCCACCAAGCCCCCCCGGACACCUUCCCUGGCACUGCCUGAGGCUUCUGGACGCCCCCCAACAUACUGUGAGCUGGUGCCCCGGGUGCCCAGUGCCCAGAGAGCACCCCCUGGCCAAGCCUGCCCAGAGCCAGAGACUCCAUGGUGGGAGGACCAGGAGGAGGAGGAGGAGGAAGACGGAACUUUCCAGAGACCCCAAGUCGAUGUCUCUUUCUGCCCCCUGGACACCCCGUCCUGCCUGCUGGGCCCCCAGAACCGGCCCCUGGAAUCUCAGGUUCUGUGUAGCCUCCGGGGCCUGUUCCUGGAGCACCAUCCUGAGAGUACGGCCCUCCACCUACUCUUGGUAGACUGCCAGGCCACAGGCCUCCUGGGAGUGACUAGGGCUCAGAGGAAAGCCAUGGGGGUCGCUUCUGGCCUGGAGCUGCUGACACUUCCCCACGGGUAUCGCUUGAGGUUGGAACUGCUGGAGAGGCACGAGGCGUUGUCGCUGGCCGGGGCGCUGGCCGUGCUGGGCUGCGCGGGGCCGCUGGAGGAGCGCGUGGCGGCGCUGAGGGGCCUGGUGGAGCUGGCCCUGGCCCUGCGGCCAGGGGCGGCGGGGGACCUGCCCGGGCUGGCCGCGGUCAUGGGCGCCCUGCUCAUGCCCCAGGUGUCCCGGUUGGAGCGCACGUGGCGUCAGCUCCGACGGAGCCACACAGAGGCGGCGCUGGCCUUCGAACAGGAGCUGAAGCCGCUGAUGCGUGCGCUGGACGAUAGCGCGGGUCCCUGCGAGCCCGGCGAGGUGGCGCUGCCACACGUGGCGCCCGCCGUGCGCCUGCUAGAGGGCGAGGAGCCGCCCGGGCAGCCAGACGAGAGCUGUGAGCGCCUUCUGCGCACCCUGAGCGGGGCGCGUCGUAUAGCCAGGGACGCGCCCAAGUUCCGCAAGGUGGCGGCCCAGCGCCUGCGAGGAUUCAGGCUGAACCCUGAGCUGAGGGAGGCACUGACCACCAGCUUCCUGCGGAGGCUGCUCUGGGGAAGCCGAGGUGCAGCGGCGCCCAGGGCCCAGCGCCUGGAGAAGUUCCAUCGUGUCCUUAGCACUCUGUCACAGCGCCUGGAGCCAGACGACUGA